AUGACCGUCACGUCGCGGGCCGUGCUGAAGCGUCGCACGAGCUCCUCCGGCUCGUUUCACGCUGGCGCGCCGAUCCCCGGCGUCAUGGGCGGUCGCCGCUCGUCCGUGCACAGAUAUCAGACGUUUCCGACGGAGCCGCCGCCCGGCACGCCCAUCGCCGCCAUCCCGGGCUCCCCCCCGCCCGCCUCACCGUCGUCGUCACGCCCCAGUUCCGUCGCCUCGCUGCCCUCUUCGCCGACUUCCUCCGAGAACGACGACUACGACCGCGGCCAAACCGGCGAGGAGGAGGGCGGUGGCGGCACGCCGCUGCCCGUGCGCCAGCUCCUGCUGCUCGCCUACCUGUCGCUGUGCGAGCAGACGGCGCUCAACUCGCUCGCGCCGUACCUGCCCGAGAUGGUCGCCUCGAUGCCCGGCCUGGACAGCGGCCGGACAGGCUUCUACAUCGGCGUUGUCGCCAGCGCCUUCGCCCUCGCGCAGCUCUCCACCAACUUCGCCUGGGGCUACUCGUCGGACCUGAUCGGGCGCAAGCCCGUGCUGCUCGCCGGCACGCUUGCGCUGGCGGCCUGCUUCGGCGCGUUCGGCCUGUGCACGCAGUACUGGCAGGUCGUCCUGGUGCAGGUGCUGAUGGGGAUGCUCAACGGCAACGCCGCGUGCGUGCCGACGGUGCUCGGCGAGGUCACGGACCGCUCCAACCAGAGCCGCGCCUUCGCCUACCUCCCUAUCAUCUAUUCCCUCGGCGGCAUCACCGGCCCCGCCGUCGGCGGCUUCCUGGUCGGCCGCCUCGCCCCGGACACCUUCCCCUACCUGGCGCCCAACCUGGUCAGCGCCGCCAUGCUCGUCACCGGCUUCCUCGCCGUGCUGCUGUGGUUCGAGGAGACGCUAGACGAGGACGCACGCGGGCCUGGUAAGCCCAAGUGGCUGCGCCGGCUCGCCAGCUGGUUCGGAAAAAAAGACGAACCGAACCGGCGGCACUCGUGGAGCGCGCGAUGGCCGACGCGCGACCAGCAGCGGCAGCCCCUGCUCGACGUGGACUCAGCCUCGUCCUCGGACGAGGCUGAGGUGGACGUUCCAAACGGCUACGACGAUGACAACAAGCCCGAGCAGGCCGAGCCGGGCAUCUGGAAGGAGAUCGUCAACCCCACUACCGUCCUGCUUCUGGCCACGUACCUCGUCUUCCAGCUCUCCAACAUUAGCUUCAACUCGCUGUACCCGGUCUUCGCGGCCGCACCGGCCCCCACCGGCCGCGAGCUCGGGCCCGGCAAGAUCGGCGCCUUCCUGAGCGCCGCGGGCGUCACCACCAUCGCCUUCCAGGCCUUCGUGUACCGGCACCUGCGGAGCCGGAUGGGCAGCCUGGGCACCUACCGGUACGCGCUGUUCGGCCUCGCGGUGAGCAUGAUCCUGAUGCCCUGGGUGGGCUACGCGGACGACGAGCCUCUCUUCGGGGUCGGUAGCGGCGAGCUGUGGCUGUACGCCGAGCUCUGCGCGGUGCUCAUCUUCAAGAACAUCUGCGCCGUCGGCGGCCUCUCCAGCGUCAUGCUCUUGAUCACCAACUCGGCACCGUCGCAUGCCAGCCUCGGCACGCUCAACGGCCUCGCGCAGACCCUCUCGGCGCUCGGGCGCAGCGUCGGACCCGUCGUCUCCGGCGGGCUGUUCACCCUCUCCGUGGGCAUCCGACCCAAGGGCGAGGCGCUCGCGUGGACCGUCUUCGGAGGCCUCGCGCUUCUCGGGUUCGUCGCGGCGCUCUUCGUCCGCGGCGACGGCCUGGAGAGCGAGGAGUGGGAGGAGGAGCACGGCUCCUCGCCAGAGGCGGAGGAGGCGUAA